AUGGACCGCAGUGGCCUCUUGCCCUUCCAGCUCUGGUGUCCCCGGCCAUUUGGCACCUACUCUCAGAACCAGCCACGGCCACCUUCUGGGGGCCUCAAGCCAGCUACCUGCCCAGAGCCUGGCAGCGUCCCCGAGCCCGACCAUGGGCCUGCCCACUCAGAGAACACGCCGCCUGCCUUGGCCUCAGAGGCUCCCGCUUCCCAGCAUGCUCCACUCCUCUCCGCAGCCGCAGCUGGUGAUGAGGGUCGGGUCCUGCUGGACACGUGGUACGUCAUCAAGCCUGGCAACACGAAGGAGAAAGUGGCUUUCUUUGUGGCCCAUCAGUGUGGAGGAGGCAGCCGGGCCAGCUCCAUGAAGGUCAAAGGGCACUGGGGCAGCGACAGCUCCAAGGCCAAGCGGAGGAGGCGCUGUCUUGAACCCACCAAGGCUCCUCCAGAUCCAGGGGGCCAGGAGGGCUCCCCAGCUGCCGAGGGGGGCCCAGGCUCAGCUGGGGACGAUGUGGACCUGCUCUCGGUGGCCGAGAUGGUGGCCUUGGUGGAACAGAGGGCUGCCCUGGCCCUGCAGACGUACCCACGGCCCACUGCCCCGGCCCCCGUGGUUUUUGUGUCAGCCGAGCAGGGGGGGCCCCCCAAGGGGUUGGGGUCCGAGCGGCGGUCCGGUGGUGGUGGCGGUGACUGUAGUCGCGUGGCUGAGGCGGUGGCUCACUUUGAAGCCCAGAGGGACAGUCCUCCCACCAAGGGCCUCCGCAAGGAGGAGCGGCCUGGGCCGGGGCCUGGGGAAGUGCGGAUUGCCUUCCGGAUCUCCAAUGGCCGCGAGUCCCGGGCAGCCGAUGGCAGCUUGACCAGCGCGGGCGGGGGCCGUCCUGGUUGUACCUAUCCUGGUAGCCCAGGCCCUGGGGCACGAGCCAAGGACAAGAUCACCUGUGACUUGUACCAGCUCAUCAGCCCCUCUAGGGACGCCCUGCCCAGCAACGUGGAGUUCCUGCUGGCCAGGGCGGACGAAGCUAGCGAGGGGGAGACCCCAGCUCCUUCCAGGCCAGAGGACACCCCCCCGACACCCCCUCCUCCACCAGCCCGGGACUGCGGCGCAUCGGGCUUCCAUGUGGACGUGGUGGUGACAGGCGUGGUGGACGAGUGCAUCUUCUUUGGCAAGGAUGGCACGAAAAACGUGAAGGAAGAGACGGUGUGCCUGACCGUCAGCCCCGAGGAGCCACCCCCACCGGGCCAGCUCUUCUUCCUCCAGUCGCGGGGGCCCGAUGGGCCCCCCGAGCCACCCCCAACAGACACCUCGAGCGCGGUGACAGGCCCCGACGACACGGAGGGGCCAGCCGACACAUCCCUGUGCCGCCUGUACCGUCACGUGUCCCACGAUUUCCUGGAGAUCCGCUUCAAGAUCCAGCGCCUGCUGGAGCCCCGGCAGUACAUGCUGCUGCUGCCCGAGCACGUCCUGGUCAAGAUCUUCAGCUUCCUGCCCACCCGGGCCCUGGCCGCCCUCAAAUGUACCUGCCACCAUUUCAAGGGCAUCAUCGAGGCGUUCGGCGUGCGCGCCACGGACUCCCUGUGGAGCCGGGACCCGCUCUACCGCGACGACCCCUGCAAGCAAUGCCGCAAGAGGUACGAGAAGGGCGACGUGUCGCUCUGCCGCUGGCACCCCAAGCCCUACCACCACGACCUGCCUUACGGACGCUCCUACUGGAUGUGCUGCCGCCGAGCUGACCGCGAGACACCCGGCUGCCGCCUGGGCCUGCACGACAAUAACUGGGUCCUGCCCUGCCACGGGCCCGGAGCGGGCCGGGUGGGGCGGGAGGAGGGGAGGUGAAGCUGGGGGAGGGCGGGGGUGCCCGCCAUACCCACCUCUUCCCCCUCUGGCCAAGAAGCUGGGGAGACGGGCUGAGCCACCAGCCAACACCCUCCCCCACCCCCCCAAAGUCCAGGCAAUGUUGAUUCCUCCAUACACACACACCCCACCAGCACAGAACUGAAAUCAGGUUUGGGGGUGAACCGAGAAAAACCUUGUGGGGUUUUCUACUCUUCAGAGCAACGGACUCUGACACAGGGCGGGUUCUUUUAAAAAAAAAAAAAUCAGCAUCUCAAAACUAUGGAACCGCCCCCCCUCCCCAUGCUAUGCCCCAGGGAACCCCACCUACCCACCCACCAGCCGGGAACAGAUGGCAGCUAAUUUUGGUACCACCCCAGGCUUCCCCAGGGCUGGCCCUGCUCCUCCCCAGGCCUCCCUCAUCUUUUUUUCUGAGGCUGUGUCCUCCCCAGAGAGCUGGCCCCUCUGAACACCCCGCCACCCCACAGCUAAGGGGGGCCACCAGAUCAUAAGUUGAAUUUGGUACUUUUUCAUGGCUGUUUCUAGAUGGUUUUCUCCAUUAAUAGAAAAAAAAAUUUUAAUCCAUUUUUUUCCCUUAUCUUCUAAUUUACUAGUCUCUCCUUCCCCUAUAGGGGGGGAAAGGAAUAAAACCCCAGAAUCUAGAAAUUUGCUUCUGUGGUUUUAAGCUGUUGCUCUCUGCUUUGCCCCCUCCCCUCCCCCCAUAAUGCUGUGAAACCUUCCCCUGGCUCUUAUACGCGCGGGUGUGGUGGUGGGGGCAGAGCACCAGGACUGUGGGUCUGAAUUUCUAGGUGGUUUUUCCCUCUCCCACUCCAGGUACUUCUUGAGGUGUUGGGGAUCUCUGACCCCAGCUCCAUUUCCUUAGAAAUCUUUCAGUCAACUGGGAUCUAGGUCUUCAGGCCAUUCGGUCUGGGGUAUUGUUUUGUUCAUUCUGUUAAUGUUUUUGUUUUUUUUUUUAAUUUUCCUUUUGGUUUUGGUUUCUCAUUGUUGUUCUGGAAGCUUCUAGCACGUGGCAUCUGACCGAUUUUGAAUUGGUCCUUUCUAUAAAGUCAAUAUUUAUAAGG